AUGAGUCCUAGUGGUGAAAUGGUAGCUCCUUUGGAAGCAGUCCGGAAAAUGCAUCAAGAAUACCAAGACAAGUGGAUGACUUGUGAGAAUUGGGUAAAGUUGAUGAAUCAUCAUGGCCUACUGCCUUCUAAGGUCAAGAAUCCAACAAGGGCUCUGAGUUAUGGGAUAAAGAACUUUUAUAAGAAAUGUGGUGUGUCGCCACGAGACUGGAUCCCAAACCACCUUGGAUUCUAUGGCGCCACCUAUGGCGAUUCACAAGUAGCAUAUUGUUCCAUGCCAAGAGAGCUUGCUGAAAAGUUGCAGGCGCUAGGCAAGGCCAUCAAUGGCAACAAAGCAGACCUUCAAAAGCGAUGCACCAACAAUGGGAUUGCAAUCUCGGAAAUGCGUAUGAAGAUCAAACAAGGAUGGGAGAAUAAGCCGAAAGGAAUGUUGCAGGUCUUGUGGGAGCGUGGGUUCAUCGAUACAGCUGUGCCAAAGUCUGAACUUUGGAAGAAAUAUCCAGAAAAGGGUCAGAAAGACAACUUGGGGCUUGUAAUGCCAGGAACUGCGUUGAAAGAGAUGGUCGCCGACUUACCUGAUUUUCAAGAUGAAAAGACACUACUACAAUAUCAUGCUGAAGGCAGGAGUACGGCUGGUUGUCAAAUAAUGUUCAUCAGAAGUCCAAAGUGUCAUCCUGAAAUUGCUGGCGAAGGCAUUGAGUAUGAUUGGGCUGGAAUCAAGUCGUAUUAUCCUCGUUCGGACCUAGCAUCCAAGAAAACUCUGGAAGCAUUCAAAGCCUUGGUGAAAGAGAGCAUGGAGUCUGUCCAGUUCAAUCAUCGAGUGUCAUUCUCUGCAAGGGCCAGGGAGUACAUGCUGGCUUAUGAUGUCUUUGAUUUUGUACCAUGCCACGCAUUUUCUACAAAAUGCAGUCUGAUCUUGGUUUGGACUGUAUAA